AUUCCGGACAUUUUGGAAGUUUUCCUGCAGUUUUUCUGCCUGUGACUUCGGCUCAAAGGAGCCGCUCUGCUGCAGGAGAAAUGAAGAGCUCCUACUCCCUCCUGCUCCUGGUGCUGAUGCUCAGCUCUGGUGUGUGUGAGGAGGUGUGUUCCAGAGCUCAAAUCAACAGCUGCAGUGACUGCAUCCGCACUGGACCCUUCUGCGCCUGGUGCCAACAGCUGAACUUCACCAAAGCUGGAGAGCAGGAGGCGGUGCGUUGCGACACUGUGGCCAAACUGAGAACACGAGGAUGUAACGGCGAGGACAUCAUCACCGUCAUCAACCACAGAACUGUCGUCAAGGACCAACCCCUCAGCCAGACGUUUGACCAGAAAGAAAAGGAACCGGUCCAACUCAGACCCCAGGAGAUACGGCUCAAACUCCGGCCUGGGUUGCCGGUCUCGUUCUCGGUGCACUUUAAGCAGGUGCAGGGGUAUCCUGUGGACCUGUACUACCUCAUGGACCUCUCCUUCUCCAUGAACGACGACCUGCAGAACGUCAAGAAGCUCGGAAACCAACUCUUCACCGCCCUGGAGGCCAUCACACAACACGGACGCAUCGGUUUCGGGGCCUUCGUGGAUAAGACCGUUCUCCCGUUCACGAACACAAACCCUCAGAAGCUGCAGAAACCAUGUGACAAUUCGUUGGUGGCGUGCCAGGCGGCGUUCGGGUACCGCCACGUCCUCAGCCUCACCCAGAGCAAGGAGCAGUUUAGGAUCGAGGUCGACAAACAGCACAUCUCUGGAAACCUGGACUCUCCUGAGGGAAGUCUGGACGCCAUGAUGCAGGCCACGGUGUGCGGGGAUCGGAUCGGCUGGAGGAACAGCAGCACGCGGCUCCUCGUCCUCACCACAGACGCUGGAUUCCACAUGGCCGGAGACGGGAAGCUCGCCGGAAUUCUGGAGCCAAACGAUGAACGCUGCCAUCUUCACAACAACCUGUACACCAGCAGCAGCAACACGGACUAUCCCUCCGUGGGACAACUCGCUCUGCAGCUGGAGAAACAAAACAUUCAACCCAUUUUUGCUGUGACCGAUGAAGUUUACGACAUCUACCAGGAGCUGUCAAAGAUGAUUCCCAAAUCUGUGGUGGGACGUCUCUCGGCCGACUCCAGCAACGUGGUCAAACUCAUCACAGACGCCUACAACAGUCUCUCGUCUAAAGUGACCCUGACUCAUGGACCACUGCCUGAAAAUGUCCAGGUGACGUAUUCUCCAAAGUGUGACGACCCCGGACCCAGCGGAGGGAGCACCGGAGUGUGUAAUGGAGUACAGCAGGGGAAAGAGAUCACAUUUGAGGUGCAGGUUGUGUCGUCCUCGUGCCUCUCCUCUCCACAGACCUUCUCCAUCAGCCCUCUGGGGAUCAAAGACUCUCUGACCGUGACUGUGGAGAGCGACUGCGACUGCAAGUGUCAUGACAAACUGCAGGGGGCGCUGCACCCACACUGCAGCUUCCAGGGGACAGUGGAAUGUGGCAUGUGCAGGUGCACCGAGGGCUUCCUGGGGCAGUUCUGUAACUGCUCGUCGGACCGUCGCGCUCAGACUGAGUCCUGUCGCCGUGACAACGGGACGGAGUGCGAGGGGCGGGGCACCUGCGUGUGCGGCCGCUGUCAGUGCCACUCCAAACCCUCUGGAACGUUCUACCAUGGAGCAUUCUGCGAGUGCGACGACGAGCAGUGUGACUACCACCUCAACGAGCUGUGUGCAGGUAAAGGCAAAUGCCACUGCGGCAAGUGCCAGUGCAACCCCGGGUACGAGGGCGACGCGUGUCAGUGCGCCGUGUCCAGAGAGAGCUGCACCCGCAACGGCGCCGAGUGCAACGGGCGCGGCACCUGCAAAUGUAACGCCUGCGAAUGUGACAGCGGGUACCUGCCCCCCCUCUGCCUACUGUGCCCGUCCUGCCCCGACCCCUGCAACGCCAAGCUGAGCUGUGUGGAGUGCCUGGCUUUUGACGUCGGUCCGUUUAAGAAGAACUGCUCGGUGGCCUGCAGUUCAGUGUCUCACCAGAAGGUGCCGCACUUGGGCAACGCGAGACACUGUGAGCUGAAGGACUCAGAGGGCUGCUGGGUCCGGUACCGACUCCAGCAACUGGUGGGACGAGACCGGUACAGCGCCGACGUCCUGGAACAGAGAGACUGCCCUCCGAGCCUCGUGGCCAUCGUGGCGGCGUCCGUGGCGUCCGUGGCUCUCGUGGGCAUUUUGCUCCUCCUCCUCGUGAAGCUGCUCCUCUACAUGAGGGACCUCAAGGAGUUCAGGAGGUUUGAGAACGAGAAGAAGAAGUCCAGAUGGGCUCAGGCUGAUAAUCCUCUGUUUAAAAAUGCCACCACCACCGUCACCAACCCGACCUUCACCGGAGAGUGACAGAUGCCCUCCCCGUGUGUCAGAUGCCCUCCCUCUGUGUGUCAGAUGCCCUCCCCGUGUGUCAGAUGCCCUCCCUCUGUGUGUCAGAUGCCCUCCCCCUGUGUGUCAGAUGCCCUCCCUCUGUGUGUCAGAUGCCCUCCCUCUGUGUGUCAGAUGCCCUCCCUGUGUGUCAGAUGCCCUCCCCCUGUGUGUCAGAUGCCCUCCCUCUGUGUGUCAGAUGCCCUCCCCCUGUGUGUCAGAUGCCCUCCCUCUGUGUGUCAGAUGCCCUCCCCCUGUGUGUCAGAUGCCCUCCCUCUGUGUGUCAGAUGCCCUCCCUCUGUGUGUCAGAUGCCCUCCCUGUGUGUCAGAUGCCCUCCCCCUGUGUGUCAGAUGCCCUCCCUCUGUGUGUCAGAUGCCCUCCCCCUGUGUGUCAGAUGCCCUCCCUCUGUGUGUCAGAUGCCCUCCCUCUGUGUGUCAGAUGCCCUCCCUCUGUGUGUCAGAUGCCCUCCCUCUGUGUGUCAGAUGCCCUCCCUCUGUGUGUCAGAUGCCCUUCCUCUGUGUUUUGAAGUUGUUGGUUUUAUUCUUAAACUUCUUCUGCUCCUCUAAAAAUAC